ACACACCACACUAUACAUUCUCUUCCACAGAAAUCCCUCGCUCACAGUAAUCUCUCUCUCUCUUGGCAACAAUCCAUCGCCAUUAACGUUAUUUGAUACAGUAGCGGAAGAUGACGGACAUAACGGACGACAUAGCAGAGGAGAUUUCGUUUCAGAGCUACGAUGAUGAUCUCCGCCUUCUCUUUAGCCUCCUCCACGACGUUCUUCAACGGGAAGUCGGUCCUAACAUCAUGGAAAAACUUGAGCACACUCGUACUCUCUCUCAGAGUGCCUGUCUUAUAAGAGCAGCUGGGAUUGAGGGCACUGCAGAGGUGCUGGAGAAGCAAUUGGCUUCUGAGUUAUCGAAAAUGACACUAGAAGAAGCCUUGAAGCUUGCUAGAGUCUUUAGUCAUUUUCUUAGCUUAAUGGGUAUUGCUGAAACUCAUCACAGGUCUCGUAAGUCAAAGAAUGUGGCACAAGCCUCAAAAUCUUGUGAUGAUACUUUCAAUCAGCUGAUUCAAGGUGGCAUUUCUCCGGAUGUGCUUUAUGACACAGUGUGCAACCAGGCAGUCGAGAUAGUCCUCACUGCACAUCCCACACAGAUUAACAGACGUACUCUUCAAUAUAAACACAUUAGAAUUUCUCAUCUAUUAGAAUUUAAUGACCGUAAAGAUCUUACACAGGAAGAUCAAGAUACUCUAAUAGAAGAUCUGGUGAGAGAGAUAACUUCUAUAUGGCAGACAGAUGAACUUAGACGCCAUAAGCCUACACCAUUAGACGAGGCUAGAGCUGGAUUAAAUUAUGUUGAGCAGUCCCUUUGGAAAGCCAUACCCCACUACUUACGCCGUCUCAGCAAUGCUCUAAAGAAGCAUACUGGGAGGCCACUUCCUUUGACGUGUACACCAAUAAGAUUUGGAUCCUGGAUGGGGGGUGAUAGAGAUGGAAAUCCUAAUGUCACUUCGAAGGUAACAAGAGACGUAUCUCUUCUAUCAAGGUGGAUGGCUAUUGAUCUUUACACACGAGAAGUUGACAACCUCCGAUUCGAACUUUCUAUGAACCAGUGUAGCAAUGGCCUGUCAAGUCUAGCAAAUGAGAUUAUAGAUAAAGAAAAUUCUGAAGAGGAUCGACACAUGAGUUGGAGCCACAUGCCAAAGCAUCAUAACCAUCAUGUUCAUGGACUACCUACACAACUUCCUGCUCAAGCUGAUGUACCCUCUUGUACAGACUGCAACGAAGUGGAAUCUCAUUAUCCUCGACUAGAUGUUCCUGGGUCAGAGUACAAACCCCUGAAAGUACACAUAAAUGAGAACCAAUCAAAUGCAACCAUUGGUCAACAACCUUCUACACCAAAAUCUGGGUCCUUCAGUCCCAAUCAGCUGCUCGGUCAGAGGAAAGUGUAUCCCGAAACACAAGGUGCAAGAGCCAGCUUUCGGAAGCUUCUUGAACCAAGUAUGCCGCAGAAAUCUGCAAUUUCUCCUUACAGAAUUGUUCUUGGGGACGUAAAAGAAAAGCUUAGGAACACUCGUAGGCGCUUAGAGCAGCUUCUUGAAGAUCUUCCUUGUGACCAGGAGCCUGGUGAUUAUUAUGACACACCAGAUCAGCUAUUGCAGCCACUCAUGCUGUGCUAUGAAUCCUUGCAAUCCUGUGGGUCGGGAAUUCUAGCUGAUGGACGGCUUGCUGACCUAAUAAGAAGAGUGUCUGUCUUUGGGAUGGUACUGAUGAAGCUUGACCUACGUCAGGAAUCCGGUAGACAUUCAGAGACUCUUGAUGCAAUUACCAAAUAUCUUGAUAUGGGCACAUACAGUGAAUGGGAUGAAAAAAAGAGAAUAGAUUUUCUAACAAGAGAACUAAAGGGGAAGAGACCUCUGGUUCCACCAACUAUACAGGUUUCUUCCGAAGUUAAAGAAGUGUUGGACACCUUCCGUGUUUCUGCUGAGUUGGGUAGUGAUUCCCUAGGGGCGUAUGUGAUUUCCAUGGCCUCAAAUGCAAGUGAUGUCCUGGCUGUGGAGCUUCUGCAGAAAGAUGCUCGUCUUGCUGUUGCAGGGGAACAAGGAAGACCAUGCGUUGGUGGAUUAUUGCGGGUGGUCCCUCUGUUUGAAACUGUGAAGGAUCUGAGAGGAGCUGGUUCAGUGAUACGGAAAUUAUUAUCAAUUGAUUGGUAUAGAGAGCACGUCAUAAAGAAUCACAGUGGACACCAAGAGGUAAUGGUUGGAUACUCGGACUCGGGUAAAGAUGCUGGGCGCUUUGCUGCAGCAUGGGAGCUUUACAAAGCUCAAGAGGAUGUUGUAGCUGCAUGCAAAGAGUAUGGUAUCAAGGUUACUCUGUUCCACGGCCGUGGAGGAAGUAUUGGCCGUGGUGGUGGGCCUACACAUCUUGCUAUUCAAUCCCAGCCACCUGGUUCUGUCAUGGGUACACUUCGGUCGACUGAGCAGGGAGAAAUGGUUCAGGCCAAGUUUGGACUUCCAGGGAUGGCUGUACGGCAAUUAGAGAUCUACACAACAGCAGUGCUUCUUGCCACCCUUUGUCCCCCAAAACCACCCAGAGAUGAAAACUGGCGCAAUCUCAUGGAAGAGAUCUCAAAUCUCAGUUGCAAAAGUUAUCGAAGCACCGUCUACGAAAACCCAGAAUUCCUUACUUACUUCCAAGAAGCUACACCACAGGCCGAGCUUGGACACCUAAACAUCGGUAGCCGUCCAACUAGAAGAAAAUCUACAGUAGGAAUCGGAGAUCUUCGAGCCAUCCCAUGGAUAUUUGCAUGGACACAAACACGAUUCGUUCUUCCUGCUUGGCUCGGAGUUGGAGCCGGCUUAAAGGGUGUUUGUGAAAAGGGGGGUGCCGAAGAGUUAAAAGCAGCUUACGAAGAAUGGCCUUUUUUUCAAUCUACACUGGACCUCAUAGAAAUGGUUUUGGGAAAAGCAGACAUUCCAAUAGUCAAACACUACGAUGAAGUGCUCGUGAAUGAAUGUAGGAGGGGUCUUGGUGAUGAGCUCAGGAAGGAGCUUUUGUCAACCGAGAAAUAUGUGCUGGUGGUAACUGGCCAUGAGAAGCUGUCGGAGAAUAACAAGAGUCUGAGGAAGUUGAUCGAGAGUCGUCUUCCAUAUCUGAAUCCUCUUAACAUGUUGCAGGUCGAGAUUUUGAAGAGGUUGAGAAGCGAUACCGAGAAUCAUAAACUUAGAGAUGCAUUGCUUAUUACUAUAAAUGGUAUCGCAACUGGGAUGAGGAACACAGGUUAAUUAUCUUGACGUUAAGACGACUUUAUGGAUUUGAACUUGUUUUUGGUAUUUGGCAUAAACCAUAAAUUGUGCCAAGUUUUUAUCACCUCUAAUGUUAUUUUGUGGUGCCUCACUGCUGCAAGCCAUAAUAAGGUUUGUAUUGUAAUUGGGAUUUACUUACGUUAAAUUAAACUCAUGCAUUUCACU